AAUUUUAUAGUUCGGUUCAACUCUGGUUAAAUUCGGUUUCGGCAGUUUUCGCGGUCUGUGUGCACCUUGCUAUCUUCUUUAAGCGCGCAAAGCUGAAGAGCUCUGAGAUAGAGCACUGGAAAAAUUAGGGUUUUGUUGAGCAACAAUCAAAUUACUUUCUUCACUUCUAGGCUUUUACUUUGCUAACCCGAUAGAUAUUUAAACAAUCUGACUGGCUGUUGUUUUUGGCCCACUGCCAGUAUCUAUGUUUUGGGAAUUUCACUGCUUCUUUAUUUGUAUUUUUUCUUUCACCUGCUGAGCAUCAUCAUCCUCUUCAUUAUCAUUCGUAAUUCUCUCUUGCCUGUCUCUUUUGCUAUUUUGACUUAAUCAUAUCCCGUAGUUGAUUAGCAUUCACAUUGCAACUCCUUGGAUCCGUAUCUUAUGGCAAAGAUUCUUUUGAGAUUCUUAAUCUGCAACUCCAUUUGGCCUCUCAUUUUGUUUCCACCUUUCCGUCCUUGUACUCUUCCUUUUGUGAAUGCUUCUGGCUUCUGUGCUUUCUUCACAGUUGCCUUGCAAGCUUGUGUUUUAGACAGAUACUAUGCCGAGAACAAGGGGGAGUGUUGAUGCUGCUCAUAAACAAGAUGAACCUGAAAAGCUAGUGGAAUCUGAUGAGGGGGUUGACCUUGAUGGGGACAAUGGACAAGAAGAGACAAUGGAGGAAGAGGUUGAAUAUGAAGAAGUAGAGGAAGAGGAGGAAGUGGAAGAGAUAGAAGAAGAAGAAGAAGAGGUAGAAGAGGAGGUUGAAGAAGAGGAAGAAAUUGAGGAGAGUGCUAAUGAAGCUGAUGCACAAAAAGGUUCUGACAGUGAAGAGAGGCAAGAUGAGGAAAGAAAACAUGCUGAGCUUCUUGCACUUCCUCCUCAUGGAUCAGAGGUGUACCUUGGUGGCAUUCCAAUUGAUGCUAGUGAACAGGAUCUCAGACACUUUUGUGAAUCUAUUGGUGAAGUCACAGAAGUAAGGAUAAUGAAAGGAAAAGCAUCAAGUGAUACCAAGGGGUAUGCUUUUGUGACCUUCAGAUCAAAGGAGUUAGCUUCCAAGGCUAUUGAACAGCUGAACAAUACUGAGUUUAAGGGCAGGAAAAUAAAAUGUUCCACAUCUCAAGCAAAUCAUCGGUUGUUUCUUGGUAAUGUUCCCAGAGACUGGGAAGAGAAAGAUAUGAUGCAGGUUGUUAUGAAGAUUGGGCCUGGAGUAAUUUCUGUGGAAUUAUUGAAGGACCCACAAAACUCUAGCCGGAAUCGUGGAUUUGCUUUCAUCGAGUAUUAUAAUCAUGCUUGUGCAGAUUACUCAAGAAAAAAGAUGUCAAACCCGCAAUUUAAACUCGAUGAUAAUGCUCCAACAGUGAGCUGGGCUGACCCUAAAAAUGCGGGAUCUUCUGCUGCUUCUCAGGUUAAGGCAGUCUAUGUCAAGAACCUGCCACAUGAUAUCACUCAGGAUCGCUUAAGGCAGUUGUUUGAACGUCAUGGAAAAGUCACAAAAGUGGUCGUCCCACCUGCAAAAGCUGGCCAUGAAAGGAGUAGAUUUGCUUUUGUUCACUUUGCAGAAAGGUCAAGUGCCAUGAAGGCAUUGAAGAACACUGAGAAAUAUGAGAUUGAUGGCCAAGUUCUGGAGUGCUCCCUUGCAAAGCCUCAAGCAGAUCAGAAGUCUUCUGGAGGGUCAAAUUUACAAAAGUCUGUAUUACAUCCAACCUUCCCACCCCGUCUUGGUUAUGGUUUGGUUGGGGGUACCUAUGGUGCUCUAGGUGCAGGAUAUGGUGCUUCUUUUGCACAACCUAUGAUCUAUGGCAGGGGACCAACGCCUGCUGGAAUAUCAAUGAUGCCAAUGCUUUUGCCUGAUGGAAGGAUUGGAUAUGUCAUGCAACAACCUGGAAUGCAACCACAAACUCCUCCAUCACAGCCUAGGGCUGGCAGGGGUGGCAGUGCUGGUAGCUCAAGUGGUGGAAGACGUAGUAAUGAGAAUAACCGUGGCCGCCGGUAUAACCCAUACUAAUUCGAUUGCCUUUUAGUACAUCCAACCUCCUGGAAUGAGGAAAAUGUUUCCUCUUGACAUAAAUUGAUUUGACGAUUGAAUAAACGCUUUCUCUGGUCCAAGAGGCAGAAAAGCUUUCUGCAUAUUUAAGAACCCAGUGAGCAGCAGUCAAGUGAAAAAUAGUAAAUGAGAGAGAGUGCAGAUGUGCUUGCUGCCCGAUUGCUCUCGAUCAUCUUAACCGUUUGCUUGUUGCUUUCAGGCCAGGGCUUAUUGGAUGGUAGUCUGUGAAGGUUAAAUGAAGCAUGUAAAACUGACUUAACUUAUGUGCCAAAAAGAAACAGUUAAAUGAGAAAUAAUUUUCUUAGUAUUA